AUGCGUUAUAUAUGCGCGCUCUAUGCGCUCUGCACUCUUCGGCCUGGCUCUAACGGCAGCAGUAAAGUCAGUGUGCUGACUGUGCGCCAAAACGUCAAAUUGCUGCUUUCCUCCUCAGAAGAGCACAAACGUAACUUUCUCGAGACUGUUGAGCUCCAGAUUGGCCUGAAAAACUACGAUCCACAGCGUGAUAAGCGUUUUUCCGGCACUGUAAAGCUCCCUACAAUUCCCCGCAACCUUAAUGUGUGUAUACUGGCGGAUGCAUAUGAUCUCGACCGUGCAAAGGACCUGGGCGUUGAUGCACUGUCUGUGGACGAUUUGAAGAAACUCAAUAAGCAGAAGAAACUUGUUAAAAAACUUGCAAAGAAAUAUGAUGCAUUUAUCUCCAGUGAGUCUCUUAUUAAGCAGAUUCCUCGUCUGCUUGGGCCUGGGCUUUCAAAAGCUGGCAAGUUUCCUACGCCUGUAUCACACGCAGAAGAGUUGUCGGUAAAGCUUUCAGAUGCAAAAGCAACAAUCAAAUUUCAACUUAAAAAAGUAUUAUGUUUAGGGGUGGCGGUUGGAAAUGUUGGGUUGACAGAAGACCAAUUGGUUGCAAAUAUUGUGAUGGCAAUCAAUUUCCUUGUUUCUCUCUUGAAAAAGGGGUGGCAGAAUGUCGGUUCGCUGGUUAUUAAAUCUACAAUGGGGAAACCCUUUCGGCUCCGAAUGGCGGCUAAUAACAACCAAUGGCAGCCGGUUGAAGACCAGUUGAUGACAAGUCAGAUGGUUGAAAUAUAUCUUGGAAUUUUUGUCAUAUAUAAAAAUAAACAUCAUUGA